CGUGGAAUAUGUUUUUACUGCUUACCGUGGACUGUCGAUCGAGAUUGGACCUCCUAGGUUUCAGUCCCAAGAAAUGAAAUUAAGAACUCCGAAAGGGGAAUACCAACCGAUUGAAGUUGUUUAGAACAUCUAAUGCCCUAGAUCCACUGCUGAUGGCUUACUUGAUUUGGGUUUUGGAGUCAUCCAACAAGUUUCUUUCUGUGGAAUUGAAUGCUUUUCUGAGGUAUGGAAGACCUAUGGUUGUAGAAGCCGACAGUGGUGGUUGAACUAUCAUUUGUGGUAGGCUAUUUGUUACAACUGGCAAUCUGAAAGAAAAGAAAAAGGGAGUAAAAAAGAAAAGAGAAGAAAAUGGAGUGCAAUAAAGAUGAGGCCACCAGGGCAAGAGAAAUUGCUGAAAAGAAGUUCACAGCGAAGGACGUUGCUGGUGCAAAGAAAUUUGCUUUGAAGGCCCAAAAUUUGUAUCCUGGGCUUGAGGGACUUCCCCAGAUGUUGGCAACUUUUGAUGUUUAUAUCUCUGCGGAGAACAAAAUAAGUGGGGAAGCAGACUGGUAUGGAAUCCUUGGUGUGAGUCCUUCGGCUGAUGAUGAGACAGUUAAGAAACAGUACAGGAAGUUGGCUCUCAUGCUUCACCCUGACAAGAACAAAUCGGUCGGGGCAGAUGGAGCAUUUAAGUUUAUUUUAGAGGCCUGGAGUUUGUUGUCUGAUAAGACCAAGAGAAUAGCAUAUGACCAAAAACGUAAUGUUAAAGGAUCUCAGCAGAAGGUUCCACCUGGAUCUCUGCAGAAGGUUCCACCUCCUAGUGGGGGAACAUCAGCACCACCUGGUGCAAACGGUUUUUAUAAUUCUGCCCAUACAACACCCUCAAACAGUAAAACUCAGAAAAGUUCUGCUCAAGGCCGACCACCACCAGCACCUCCUUCAUCAUGUCCGUCAAAAUCAAAUUCGUUUUGGACUGCAUGUAAUCGCUGCAAAAUGCAAUAUGAGUAUCUCAGGAUCUAUCUCAAUCACAAUCUUCUGUGCCCCAAUUGUAAAGAGCCCUUUUAUGCAGUAGAGACCGCUACCCCGCCUUCAAAUGGUUCUAAUAGUCCCACACCGUGGACUUUCUCUCAGCAGCGUCAGAAUUCAAACCAUCAUACAACUAACAAGAAUGCCUAUGCUCCUGAAAGAAACGCAGCUGCUCCCAACAUGGGACGAGGGGGGGUUUCAGGUCUCGAUUCAUUCAAUAACACUAACUUCCAUUGGCAUCCAUUCUCUAGAAAGGCUGGUGUUGAUAGUGCAACUGCUUCAGGUUCUGCUGCUGGUCAAGCUACAACUCCGAUUCAGCAGGCCUAUGAGAAAGCGAGGAGAGAGCGUGACGAGGCUCAGGCAGCUGCAAGAAGAGAGGAGGCACUUCAGAGAAAGAACCAUGUCCCUAAGGCUGGUGGUUUGUCUACUGGAUUUUCUAAUUCUGGUUCUAGCCAUGUUGUCAAAGGAGAGAGACCUGUGAAGAAACGAAGAGGCAUGGAUGGUGGAGGGAGAAAUACUUAUGGAAACACGGAAACAUCUCAAACUUCCACCGGAACUAGAGGAGCUGGGAUAGGAAGUGGAGUUGGAGUUAAACAGGGUUCUUCUGAAACGGAAAGGGUUACUGGUUUAUCUGGUAUUGUUAAGCCUAAUGGUUCGAGAGAGUUGUCACAGCAAGAAAUCCGAAUUAUGUUGAUGGAGAAGGCACGGGGAGAAAUUCGGAAGAAGUUACAUGAAUGGAGCUUGGAUGCUGUAGCCAAAGCUGCUGACGAGGCGAAAGAGAAAGAAAAAGACAAAGUAAAAGCUACUGUAAAGGGCAGGACAUGUGAUCAAAGUGAGGCUGGUGCUGUAUCUGUGGAUACCAAGAAGAAAAUCCAUUCUGACAAGGUUUUAUCUGGUACUUCUGGUGCUGAUUUAGAUACAGAUACCGUUGAACCCAUGUCAAUCAGUGUUCCUGAUCCAGAUUUUCAUGAUUUUGACAAGGACCGAUCUGAAAGAUCAUUUGGAGAUAACCAAGUCUGGGCUGCAUAUGAUGAUGAUGAUGGAAUGCCUCGUUAUUAUGCCAUGAUUCAUAAGGUGAUAUCCUUGAACCCUUUCAAAAUGCGUAUCAGUUGGCUGAAUUCGAAAAGUAAUAGUGAGCUGGGACAACUAAACUGGGUCGGUUCUGGUUUCGCUAAAACUUGUGGGGAUUUCAGGAUAGGCAAAUAUGAAGUCAAUAAGUCACUCAACUCUUUCUCACAUAGGGUGAGAUGGAUGAAAGGCACACGAGGAGCCAUCCGAAUAUUUCCCAAGAAGGGCGACAUUUGGGCCCUCUAUAGGAAUUGGUCUCCCGACUGGGAUGAGCUUACCCCUGAUGAAGUAAUACACAAGUAUGACAUGAUAGAGGUGCUGGAUGAUUAUGAUGAGGAGCAAGGUGUAACCAUCAGUCCUCUGGUUAAGGUUGCUGGCUUCAAGACAGUUUUCCACAGACAUUUGGAUCAAAGGGUAGUCAAAAGGAUCCCAAGAGAGGAGAUGUUUCGGUUCUCACAUCAGGUCCCUUCUUACAUGCUUACAGGUCAAGAAGGUCCAAAUGCUCCCAAGGGUUGCCGGGAGCUGGACCCUGCAGCUACUCCAUUGGAACUUCUUCAGGUGAUAAUGGAUGCCAAGGAAGAAGAGAUUGUGGAGAAUACUGAGAAAGCUGUGGAAGAAGAGAUAGUUCAAAUUGCUGAAAAAGCAAACACAGAAAAUGUGGUGGAGAAUCCCCAAAAAGCUGAGGAAGAGAUUGUCAAGAAUGUCAAAGAAGCUGAUACAGAAAAAAUGGAGAAUAUUACAGAAACCAUAAAAGAAAGGAUGGUGAAGGCUGAAAAACAACCAUUUUAUUGAAUCUUGGAAAAUGUAAGCCUGACUGAAGCAGUGGAAAUUAACUUUUUUGUGUAAAAUUAGAUCAAAUUGAUCCAACAUUUCCUGGGUUUGUGUGGCUGUUUGCUGUCGGGACCGGAGAGUUUCAUCUGGAGUAGCAUGUAGAUGCUGUUAGGGCUGAAUCUAACCUCAGUUUUGCCUAAAACUUCAAAAUAGUUUAGAAUAGGUAUAAUUCAAUUUGUCUUGGAAGUGAAUACUCACUAAAGUGUUCUCUCUGCUAGCUGGAGCUUCUUUCGAGUAUCUGUUAGUGGGGUCUGUAUUUACUUCCCUACAAGAGUUGGUUGACCCCAAAGAGCAAUUUGUCUAGCAGUUGCAGCUGUUAAACACAACCCCACCUCAGCUGUCAAAUGUUCUCAUGUAUCUGACAAUGCUUUACUUGCUUCGUUUCUUGUUCUUAUAGUAGAAUAUGAGGAAAUUGCAGUUUUUCCUUCUCUGUAGACUCAUAUUUUUGGUGGUUCUGAUUAAGGACCCAAAAGAAAUAGUGUAGAAUAUAAGCUGAUUUCCAUUUCUUGCUCAAUUCACUUUUCUUGAUUGGUAUUACUGU